GCCGUUAACUUGGGCGCCAUCUUUGUGCCAGUUAUAUAGUUCUAUGUAAAUCUAUGAAUAAUGCUGACUGAUUUCUGGGUUUUAGAGUUCAUUACGACAAUAAACUACGGAACAUCUUUAAUAACUGCACCUGAAUACAACUUAAGGGGACUUUUUCGUACUAAUUCAUGUCAGAGGGAAAUAUUUAACUUAACUACAACAAUGUGACAGCAACAGUUACUUUGCACAUACAUAUCUGAUUUGAUUUCAAACAUCACCAGUUUUUAAUAUUAUAUCUUUCAGCUAGCAAAAUGCUCAAAAAGUUCAAAGUUCAAAAAUUAUGUUAUGAAAAAACGGUGCAACGAAUCAACUCUUCAUUUUUCCGACAAAGCUUCCUGCACUUGAAUCAGUCUGAAAGCAGCCAGUGUCGGGAGGGAGGGACAGGUGCGUUUGGUGUCCUCAUCGGCAAACAGACUAAAUUAAUUCCCGCAGUAUCGUGUUUGGCUCAGACUGCGCUCUGUCACCUCAUGAACUGGGAGUCAUAAGUAAAACAUGCGGCUCAAAGAUCCUGGAUCCAAAUCCAACAACUUCAUCUUCGUCUGACGCUUGAGGCUGAAUGAAGAGCGCUAGUCGUCAUCUUCUCCUCCUUUGUUGGCACAUCGCUGCACCUUGUUGCUUAUGAACGAUGAAGCAGUUGCCUUGACGUGAAUCAGUUGCUCCACAGCAAAAGUAGUGGUCAAAAACUGAACUGUACUUGGAAGUGUUUCACCGCUGAAAAGAUGUCCCCCACCCACCCUCGCAGUACGUCAGCCACCCUGACAGAUGACAGACUCAGUGACAGCGCAGUGACAGGAACCCUCGCUGUUUUAGAACCGGUGUCGCGCUCACACGGCUUUUAGUCCGGAGAGAUCUCAGGACCAGCGAAGAGGAAGAUGUUGAGGCGAAGGCCUUCCAAUGCCUCGGAGAAGGAGCAGGUGCAGAAGAAGAAGCUCACCCUGCAGAGGUCCAGCAGCUUCAAGGAUUUUAUGAAGCACAAGCCGACCUCUCCUGUUGUGGCGGACAAGGAGUUUACCUUGGACGAGAAUGUGGCUGAGGGUGUAACAGCAGAGGAAGCGGUGAAAAGUGGCAGCAAACUGGGAAAGAAAUGGCGCAACGUCAUCUCACGCACCAUGACCCGCAAAACAUCCAAGAUGGUGCAGAAGGCUCUGGCUGAAGAGGGGGGUGAGAGCGGCGAGGAGCUGUCGCCGGUCUCAGCUGAUUGGCUUCCAGAUCUGAGUGCAGGACAGAGGACGUCCGUGUGCUCCACCGGCUCAGAGGACACCACGCCCAGCCCCAUCACCCGCCAGCUCUCCGGCAGCAGCGACAGACAGAGUCUGGACAGCGGGUACUGCCAGAGAGACAGCAUGAGACUGGAGGAGAACUCCUACAGCGGACCUUUCUGCGGCCGAGCUCUCGUCCACACCGACUUCACUCCCAGCCCCUACGACGUGGAGUCGCUCAAACUGCAAAAAGGUGACAUCAUCUACAUCAUUGAGAAGCCCCCUGUGGGGACCUGGACCGGGAAGCUCAACAACAAAGUGGGCUCCUUCAAGUUCAUCUACGUCAACCUGCUGCCUGACGAGAGCCCCCCCAUCAGGAGGAGACACCGCGACAGCAAGACCCGCCGGGACAAAUCCAAACCCAAAACCCUGGAGGAGGUGCUGGACAGCAUCGGCCUUCAUGAGCUGAGUUCGCUGCUCUCCAUGCACGGUUUCCAGAGCCUGGAGGACUUCGCAGGACUGAAGGAGUCUCACCUCAACGAGUUGAACAUCACCGACCCAGAGCAGCGCUCCAAGAUCCUGAACGCCUCGGACCUGCUGAGGGACUCUGAAGACGAGUCCGAGCCGGAGGAGGAGGAGGACAGAUCUGAGGAGAAGGCCAAAGAGCCGAGGGACUCUGGCUGUUUUGAGAGCUCUGAGAAUCUGGAGAGCGGUCGCGAGGAGGCAAAGACGGAGGAAGACAUCGCGCCGGAGGAGCAGACGAACCAGGUGGCCGUGAAACAGGAACAGCAGCAGCAGCAGCAGGAGGAGGAGGAGGAGCAGCAGGAGGAGGAGGUGGUGGAGGAGGAGAAGCAAACAGAACAGCUGGAAGCUGUGCAGGAGCAGCUGCAGGAGCUGACGGUGGACGAAGGAUCUUGAGAGGAGGUGGGAAAAAUACUCAAACUGCAGGACAGUGAUGGUGGUUUAAAGAGUGGACUGGUGACACGGUGUCGGGUACAAAUACUGCUGUUCUUCACUUUCCUCUGAAGCAGCAGCUUCGCUUGUAACAUAUGAAUCAUGUUUGCUGUCGUUUCUUUCCGUGAUGUAAUGAAGCUUUCUUCUUUCUCUUCGUCCAGUCAGAACUGUUUAAUGUCCUGCACUCUGAUACAAAUAUGAAUGUAAAAUACUUUGGGAUCUUUUUCAUGUAACUUGAAUUCAAAUGUAACUUUUUUUUUUCAGUAGUUUUACUUUUUUUCCUGUGUUAGGAGGUACAUCACACUGAUUUAUGUCACAUUAUCAUGAAGAGGAAGUUGACAGUGCUGUAAAUAGUUUUAAAUAAAACAUCAUUCAGUCAGA